AUGAGCAUCGUCGAGACGUUCCACGGUUAUAUCGAGACCACUCAGGACACUCUGCUCAUCUUUGAGGCAUGCCGCCGCGGUUUCUUGCCCCGCAUCUGCCGCCGUUUGCAGGAGAAGGAGCGUCGCAUUGUCCAGUCAGGCACGGUCUUUGUCUUUGAUGAGCGCGAGUCCGGCAUCAAGCGGUGGACGGAUGGUCUUGUUUGGUCCCCAUCGCGCAUACUCGGCAACUUUUUGGUCUACCGCGAGCUCGACAAGCGCAACAGCGGCAAAAAGGAUGCGUCGCCCAUUGACCGUUCCGAGCGGUCGAGUUCGAGCGACAACGAGACGGCGAUUGAGAAGAACCAGGAGCGUGCGCUUGUGGGGUCGUUGACGAACUCGUACCGGUUCAAGAAAAACGGGCUGAUCAAGAAGACAAUGUCGAUUGUUGUGAAUGGGGUCCCGCAGCACAUGAUCUCGUACUACACGAAGGACGAUGUCCUUGCCGGAAAACUUCGUACGCCGUCCUCGGUCCCUGAACUCGCCAGCCUGGAGAUCAGCCCCGAGUUCUUGAUGAAACAAAACUUUCGAAUCCCACCCACAGUCGAGCAGUCCUAUGACCACCUCGCCGACCACAUGCACUCGCCUGUCUCCAACCAUAGCCCCCGCACCCCCAGUGGAGUCUUCACCCACACCAUGGGCACCAACGGCACCGACUUUUCAUCGCACGGGUUCAGCCAUCACCCUCGUACUAAGAUCGAACCCGACCUCGUAUCCACCUCCCUCGAUGUCUUCUCCAAGCCAUACCACCAGCAAUCACACCACCCUCUCCAUCCUCAGCAGAACUAUCAUACCCUGACACACCUGGCCAACACCCAGCCCCAGCAGCACAAUACCUCCCACUCCUACAGCUCACACUCGUCUCCCUUCUCGUCCAAUUUCGGCUACAACUCGGUCCCCAGUGCCGCCUCGGAUGUCACGACAACUACCCCACCCCCAAUUCGAUACCUCCCCCGCAGCGCGCCCAUUUUGCCAUACCACACCCAAGCCUCUUCUCAGUCCACCCCCACGUCCCAGACCCAGCACCCCACCCAACAGUCUCACCAUCACCAGCAGCAGCAGCAGCAGCCACAGCAGUCAUACAUGUCUCACCAUAGGCACAGCAUGCCCCCAGGUCAUUAUGGAGCCGGAUCACCGGUAAUGAUGAUGGCCAGCCCCAAUCCUGGUUCCAGUGGCUCGACAUCUCACGAGUUUGGUCUCACAAUGGGUUACCAAUCACCUGCACCGACUGGAACCUCAAGCACCUUUGGCGGGUUUUCGGGUGACUCGCCCCAGCUUGGCCACUCUCAGCCUUCGUCUCAACAGCAGCAUUACCACCACUCUCUCCCACCAAGCACACAGAGCUGGGGGGACUUUGGAUACUCGUCGUACUCGAGCUCGGCUGCUCUGGGGCCCAUCUCAGAUCAGCAGCAUGACCAACAGUCGAACGACCAGCACAGCGCAUCCCCAUGA